AUGUCACGUGUGAAAAGCAGCAUCGCUUCAUACGAAACAAAGUGUGUCACUUCAGACGCCAACAACAUCGCUCAUAACGGAAAGUCACGCACCGUCGGCGUCCUCGCCCUGCAAGGUGCCUUCGCCGAGCACGUGGAAUACCUCGAGGCAUGCAUCGCUCAACACGGGUACCCAGUUCACGUGAUGCCGGUUCGCACGGCCGCGCAGCUGGAACGCUGUGAUGCCCUUGUGAUCCCGGGCGGGGAGUCCACAGCUAUGACGCAGAUUGCGAGCCGAAUGGGUCUGCACGAAGCGCUCGCGCGCUUCGUGCAAGACCCGCGUCGGUCAGUCUGGGGCACGUGCGCAGGGCUAAUCCUGCUGGCGCGCGAGGCCGCGGACGCGGCGCCGGCAGCGGCGCCGCAGCGGCCGGCAGCGCUGGUGGAGCCGCUAAAGGCGCUCGAGGUGGCUGUGCGGCGGAACGCGUUCGGGCGGCAGGCUCAGUCGUUUGUCGCGACGUGCGACUUUUCGGCGUUUCUAGGCCCUAGCGAGACGCAGGGUUUCCCCGCGGUGUUUAUCCGGGCGCCCGUGAUUGAUCACGUGAUAGACCCCGAGCGUGUGGAAGUGCUUCACCGGCUGGCGGGCGCUGACGGCGCGCCGGGUACGGGGCCCAUUGUGGCGGUGCGACAGGGCCGGAUACUCGGCACGUCGUUCCACCCGGAGCUGGCGGACGACACGCGAUUCCACGACUGGUUUCUACGGGACUUCGUACUGGGUGAUCAUAAAUAA